CUUAGCACUUCUCGCGACUUGCCCGCAACCUCCACGUCCGCAUCGACUCAACUUCAACGCUGCGCUCAACGUCAACGAUGCGCAGUAGCGUUAAGCCACACACGAAACACGACGGAGAAGCAAUGGCAACACGGUGUUGGGGGAGGCGGGCCCUGGCAGGGUUAGUACAGUGGGUCACGUACCUCCCCCUCGGCGUGGCAACCCUCAUUGACGCGAUCAUCGCGCUCUCGCUGUCUCCGUUGGUGUGUUGCAACAGCAUAGACUCAACCAUCACUGUGUUGAUGCUCUACACGCAGAACACGGGCGUGAUCACGAGUCUAUGCUCGCUGACAGCGAUCAUCGCGAUGACCGCGCUGCCUACGACGUUCGCGGCCAUCAGCGUCGAGUUGAUGCUCACUAAGCGUGCGUCCGCCUUCCCUCCCAAAACUAUCCCAACCCUAAUCCUCCCCACAGUCUACAUCAACUCCUUCCUUGCGAUGUAAGUCUCCCCCUCCCUGAUGUGCUCAUGACCACUAACUCCGCGUCCCCAGGUUCAACGUGCGGAACAAGCUCCGCAUCCGAAGCUCCAUCGUCGACACGAAAGACGCCCUCGGCCGCCCAUACCCACUCGCCUCCGAGUCCACGCUACCACCUGCCGCUCUCCUACCCAGUCGUACGGGUCAAGCUCGGGAGUUCCACGCAGACAAGGUUCGCAAGGUUGAAUAGAUCAGGUGUUGGCUGAAGCACUGAGUGCUACAUGAUGCAUAGGUGUUGAUGACGAGUAGUGGACAAGUAAUAUAUGUAUAUGUUAGAAGUAGUACUUGCCUACGAGUUGUACCCACUGUAAUGUCUUGGAUUGCCGACAAAUGAUACAUCAAAUGUUUCCUCAUACC